AUGACGGACCAGAACGUCCUCGUCGUCGACUGGGACGGUCCUGACGACCCUCAGAACCCCAAGAACUGGCCGCGAGCGAAGAAAUGGCGGGCUACAAUCAUCGUCUCCCUAUUCACCUUCAUCACCCCCGUCUCAUCCUCCAUGCUCGCCCCUGCCGCCCCCCAUAUCGCCGAAGAGCUAGGAAUACACGGCACCGUCGAACGAGCACUUGUCGUCUCCGUCUUCGUCCUCGCUUUCGCCUUUGGUCCCCUCCUCCUCGGCCCCCUCAGCGAGCUGUACGGCCGCGUGCGCGUCAUCCAGCUGUCGAACCUCUUUUUCCUCGCGUGGAACCUGGGAUGCGGCUUUGCGCAAACGAAGGAGGAGAUCAUCGUCUUCCGAUUCUUCGCAGGUUUAGGAGGAAGCUCGCCGCUCAGCGUAGGUGGCGGCGUACUCAGCGAUGUAUGGCGCGCGGAGGAGCGAGGCGCUGCGAUCGCGAUAUACUCGCUGAUGCCGCUGCUAGGCCCCGUCAUCGCGCCAGUCACCGGUGCAUGGGUUGCGGAGCGCACAACGUGGCGAUGGGUGUUCUGGUCGACUUCCAUCUUCACUUGCUUUGUCCAGGCUCUUGGCCUCAUCUUCCUUCGAGAAACUUUUGAGCCGGUUCUCCUUGCACGCAAGGCGAACCGCAUACGUAAAGAAAUCGUCGCUGGUGGCUCAGUAAACGUAGUCGAGCGUGACCCACGCUCGCCGACGCAGCACAUCUUGCACGCCCUCGUCCGCCCCUUUGCGCUUUUUGCAUACGAGCCAAUUGUGCAGCUGAUGGGCGUGUACAUGGCGUUCGUGUACGGGAUUUUCUAUCUCUACCUCACGGUCAUCCCGUCAAUAUUCGAGGGCGAGACGUACCACGAGUCGGUCGGUAUUGCGGGCUUACACUACAUCGCGUUCGGUUUGGGUGUGAGCUUGGCAUCGCAGAUCAACGCGCGCAUGCUCGACCGUAUAUACGUGUACUUCAAGAAUCGGAAUGAGGGGAAGGGCGAGCCCGAGUUCAGGCUACCCUCCAUGGUUCCCGGGACCAUCCUAUUACCAGCGGGCCUCAUCAUCACUGGCUGGGCAGCGCAGAAGGCCGUGCACUGGAUAGUCGUCGAUAUUGGCCUCUUCCUCGUCGGCGGGGGCAUGAUCCUCAACUUCCAGUGCAUCCAGACGUAUGUCAUCGACGCGUUCACGCUGCAUGCGGCGUCCGGCCUCGCUGCGGUCUCUUUCUUGAGAUCAUUAGCAGGCUUCGGCUUCCCGCUCUUCGCGCCGUCAAUGUACGCCGCGCUCGGGGUGGGGUGGGGGGAUACGCUGUUAGCUUUCGUGGCGAUCAUCGUCGGUUGUCCUGCGCCGUGGAUCUUCUGGUACUACGGGAAGAAAAUCCGGUCGAAGAGCCGGUAUGCGCAUAAGACGUAG